AUGUACGACGACCCCCUGUCAACGUUUACCCGAGGUCGGGUAUGCCUCGCCGGAGAUGCGGCGCAUGCUUCCGCGCCGCAUCACGGAGCUGGUGCCGGCUAUGGUGUGGAAGACGCUCUCAUCCUGGCCGAACUUCUCGCGGCUGUCAGCCAUCGGAUCCUCCCCAGGCCUCUAAGUAGGAUUAUCCCUGAAGUGCUUACCGUAUACAACGAAAAGAGAUAUGAUCGCUGUCAAGCUUUGGUCGAGAGUAUUAGGAUAGUAAGGGAAAUGUACGAAUGGCAGCACGCUUCCACAAGGCGGGAUGCGGAGGAUUUCAAAAAAGAAUUCCGCUCUCGAUGUUAUAAAAUAUGGGAUUUUGACGUGGAUGAAAUGGUUAGGGGCGGGCUACAGGCUUUGGAAAAGAUAUUUGCCUAG